AUGUCGAAUCAAUCGAAAGACGAGCAGACUAUCGUUAACACGAACAAACCGAAUGCUGACCUUAUCAUCGAAGAUCUCGAGAAUUACGAACAUUUUCAUCAACUCUUCGUCCGGAAAUCCACGCUCGGGGUUGGUGGAGAUGGCGUAGUUUAUUCGUAUGAACACUCGCCGUCAAAAGUCUUAAUCGCAGUCAAAGUGCCAAACGACGGGUCCCAAAAGUAUCGUAAGAGACUUAUCUCCGAGAUUGAAAGCUUCAGGAAUAUAGGCAGACACGACCAUAUCGUCACCAUGCUGACAUACAGUGAGAAUCAUAGGCCAAUUGGACCAGCCAUCUUCCUCGAUGUUUGCGAUCUCGGCGAUCUGGCAUCUUACCACAAACAGUGGUACAGUCAAGAGCGCGCGAAUGGACGACCGGAACAUCCCUCGGAGAUUACUGUUUGGAAGCUACUGAAGGAUAUGAGCCUCGGCCUCAAUUUCAUCCAUAAUGGACACGAGACUCGCUACGUCCACAAUGACGUGAAACCGGGGAACAUUCUCGUUAGCCGCCCUCAAAACUGGAACGAAGCGGAUGGGAUACCACCCGAGCCGAUCUUCAAGAUCACCGACUUCGCUCGCCUGACCCCAUUCCCUACACCACCACAAGGCGAUACUUCUGGCUGGAUGGGCACACCCGAGUUCGCCCCACCGCUUCGCGAACAGGCUGCUUCUAUGCGACCUUCUGCAGAUAUCUGGAGCCUUGGUGCAACGAUUCAGGGAUUCGCGCUGCACAUUUUGCCCAUCCAAUCAAAACAAGCUUUCUUGGUAAGUAGGAAAGCCAAAGGUAAGAACAUCCCAGACCUCCUAGGUGACCCUUGGAAGCUACCGCACUGGCGAAGGCGGCGACCGACUGUGUACCGUCCGCUCGACGCUUCUGAAGAGGAGUUGAAAACGCAAUACGAUCUCCCAAAAGUCCCGCGCGAGUACGAGCCAUACAGCAGCCAGUUAAAUGCCCAGUACUCGGCAUUGUGGCGCAAGGAUGAGCACGCACGCAUUACGUCGGAGGAAUUGGUGAAGCAAGUCGUUCCGAUGAUUGAUGGGAUUAUUGCGACUGCGAAGAGCAGAGUGGAGGAUUCGAGUAAGCCGUCUUCGUAG